AUGACGCGUCUGUACAUACGAUGCAAGAUUUCGGGCGUUCGGGGCUGGGACGAUUACUUCAUACUGGUUGCCAUGCUGCUCUGUGCGGUUGAAACGGCCAUGAUGCUGGCACAAGUUGAGUAUGGCUGGGGAAACCAUGCCAGCGAGUUGUCCUUGGAACAACUAAACAAGACUCAAAUGUACCGAUGGAUCUUUCAAAUUGUGUCCUUCUUCACAAUUUUUACCAUCCAAAUCUCUGUCUGCUGCUUGAUCCUGCGCAUGAUGCGUGGAGCGACGACGUUUGGGAAUGAAUGCCGUCGUUGUGUUUGGACCGUCAUACUCUUUGUCAUCAUCCGCUUGAUCGUCAAUGUAGCUGUGCAGAUCGGUCAGUGCAAACCCGUCCACCGCUACUGGGAAGUACAGCUUCGACCGAAUGGAUGUAUCAACAUAGGCCUCUGGGUCAUGAUCACCAGUUACCUGAACGCCUUUACCGACAUUAUUCUUCUCGCCCUUCCCAUGCCACUAAUCUACAAGCUCCAGAUCCACAUCAAGCAGAAAGUGGGCAUCGUCAUAAUCUUCCUUACCGGUGUAAUUCCCGUCGGCGCCUCCAUAGUGCGAAGUGUGCAUCUCACACAAUCCUAUGAUGACCAGAGACAGUGGCUUGUAAGAGACACGUCUUGGUACGCAACCCUACUUCCUCACCACCAAUACACCGCGAGCACACACACAAGCGCCACCACCCCCACCCACGUCCCCAACCACCCAAAUGUAUGUUUCCGCAUAGACCACACGACCAAUCUCAUGUUUUCUUUGGACAGGCGCUGGGCCCUCAUCCCGUUCUGGUCGCACGUCGAAACCACGCUCGGCAUCGUCGCCGCCUGCAUCCCGACGCUGAAGCCGCUGCUGAAAUGGUUCUUCCACCGCCUCGGCAUCCGCACCCGCACCGCCACCAGCACAUACGCCGACAACGUCAACGGCAGCAAGAUCACCAACACCGGCAGCACCACCGCCAGCCGCAACAUCAGCAAAGUCAACUCGCCCGUCAACAUCAACAUCAACCACACCAGCAACGUCACCUCCCCCGCCACGUCUCACCACCAAUCGUCCAUCAAAGCCGCCGCCAACAACAACAAAGACCACAUCGCCGCCCUGGACUACUCCCUCCGCGCCGCAGCCGUCCGCAUCCGCAAAGGCGGCGACGCCGACGCCGAAAAAGAAGAAGAAGAAAUAUCCUACCCCUUCCGCCCGCCACCCACCCCACCGCUCCGACACCACAACGACAGCGACGCCGACGCCGACGACGAAGAUGACACCGACGACGGCGACGACGACGACGCCGCCAUCUCGGACAGCAGCCUCGAAGACUAUUUCCGCACGCACGUGGCGCCGAGCGCUCGUGCCAGCAACAACAAUAGCAGCGGUAGCAGUAGGAGUAGGGGUAGGAGUAGGAGUAGGAGUAGGAGUGGGCGGUGGAUCAAUGCUAGGGGGGGUGUCGAUGGUGCUGCUGGGAAUGUCGGCGGGAGGACGGGGGGGAGCGGGAAAGGGGGGAGGACGGCGGCGGCGGCGGUGGUGGCGGUUUCUUCUCCUUCUUCUGCUGCUACUGCGGAUUGUUCGAGAGGCGGACGGUGA